CCAAAUGUCCUCUACCCUGAACUGUCUCCAGCCAUAAAUCAACAUCCCUGGGAGUAUUUUAUCGUCUGCUUCCGGUUUGAAAACCUAAUUGGGCUCAUUUUUGAAUUCCUGUCCUCUGCAAGGCGGAGACAGGAGGACAUCCUUUUUUCCACCGACUCCGUGAUGCUGCAUCAGUGGAUAAAUAUUCAGUGUUCUGGGGUGAGCAGAGGAUGCCGUCCUCCAGCCUUCCCUCCACUCCCCCCCUCCUUCUCCCACAGCACGUAGUCUGGUUGAUUUCACUUUUCAUUUCACACACCCCUCCUCUCUGAUCCACCCUGCCAUCCAGGAGACUCCCCAUCCAUCCCAGCACACUGCGCUGGACUAAGACGCUACACCAGCUCUGCCGCACUCCAGCUUUCGCAUAUAACAACAACAAAAAAAAAACUCAGAUUUUUUGGACAAACGGUGCAUGUUCGCAAAUACGCUGUGGAUGUAGAGGAGAUGUUCGGUCGCGACUGAUGCUGUUAUUUUUCACCUGGGAUUAACGUUACCACGAUGCCAAAGCCAGGGACGCCCUGACUGUUGAGAUUGGCGCUGGAUUAAAAAAAAGGUGUCACAAACAGGCAGCACACACAGGACUGGACCACAAACAGGCUUCAUUUUGCGGUCAGCAUGGCUGUGAACAUGAUGCCAGCUCCUGCCAUUUGGCCAGGAGAGGAACAACCAUCGCUGCUGGACCAGGAAGACUCUCUGGCGAGCCAAGCCUCCGUCUCUGUGCCAUGCCCACCGGUAAUAGGUGAACAUCUCAUCCAUAGCUGCGGCAGCCCGGCCAGCACACGGCCCCCCCGCAGCAAAUCCAAAGGAGAGCUAGUCAUAGUCAUCAACGAGAAACUGAAGAACAGUAACGGGAUACACUCGGCGCCUGCAGAGAGCACCUCUCCAGUCAUCUCCUCUCCUCCACGAAGACAACACUCCAUCUCUUACCCUCAUCACGGCAAGACCAGGAAGGGGAGCCGGGCUAGCUCCAUAGGCUACACUGCUUUUUCGCCCAGGCCAUCGCUUUCUCGCCAUUCCAGCAUCGCCACCAACCCACCCUUGGACCGGACCAAGGUUAAAGACUACCUCCUCUUGUCCGUGCUGGCCUGCUUCUGCCCCGUCUGGCCCAUAAACAUUGUGGGAUUUGUCUACUCCAUCAUGUCCAAGAACAGUCUUGAACAGGGAAACCUGGAUGGUGCUGUGCGUCUGGGACGUGUGGCCAAGAUGCUCUCCAUGGUAUCACUAGUAGGAGGGACGGUCAUUAUCAUCGCCUGCAUUGUCAACCUGGCCAGUGAGUGUCCCAAAUCUGACCUUUAAACCUUAACCUCACCUUUUUACCCUCUGUGUAGUUGUGCACAGCGGAUUCUUCCCCCUGAACUCCUCUUUUCUUUGCCUGUGAAUAUUGAAUUGAUGGUUAAGGGUUCGUAGCAAUAGCCCUGCUACCACUGAUCCUCCUGGCCUAAAAACCUGCUGCUGUCACUGUUGAUCCCAUCACAAUACAAUAUUUAGCUCUGUUAGCACAAUCUGACUGUAAUCACUGACAUUGUUACCAUCCAUGUUUGCACAAUAUUGCACUAGUUGGAAAGUCUUUAUACACUGCGGCACUUUAGCCUUUAAGAACUAUGUCAACGUUACACAAACAUCAGAACAUAUUAUUCAUAUUUGCAUCAGAGACUCAAAUCUACAUUUUAUUACAUAUUUCUCCAUAUUUGCACGGGUGGCCUCCAGCUGUAACCGACUGCAUGCCUCAGACUGCUGUGUGUGUAUCUGUAGAGUGAUAUGUGUAGUCUGUUGUCUGUUGUUCGCCUUGCCCCGUUUGCUUGUACAAAAUGUGAAG